CCGAGCAACGAACCAUAGGAAGCGCGAAAAAGAGAAAAAUCAAAUAUCAAAACCUUCCACCUCCAUUCGGAGCUAGGGUUUAAGUUCUCCUCCUCCGUUCCUCCCUCCAAUGGCGGAUACUAAGUCUGUUGACGCUUCUCUGUGGUGGGAUCCUUUCACUCUGCUGCUCACUGAGCUUGAGAACUCCUGUCUCUCCUCAGACCUCCCUCAAAAUUUGGUGAAAAAGUUGAAGGACAACCAUUCCUGGCUAUUGGAUGCAGUUUCGCGCUUCAAGCCGCCAAACGAGAAAUCAAAGGAAGCUCUGAAUUCGAAGAAACUGCAAAUUGGAUGUCACCAACUAACUGUACAAACACACUUGAAAGACAAAGCUCUAAAAAUCAGCUCCUCCUUGCAAUUGGAUGAAGUUCAAUCUUACAUUCUUGCCGAAAGGUCACUCAAACAUAACAAUGUGGCAGUUGAUUCCAUGGCUCAAGAAUUUCUUCACGUGAUAGUAAUUCAAUAUUAUACGGAGAGACAGUGCUUGCUGAAAUGCAUCAGGUGGAUUCUCAUGCAUGCUAUAUAUAUUGGACCAGGCUCUAAAGAACAUGUUAUAAGAGAGGAGGCAAAAAAGUUGUUUCAUGAUGGACUGGAAAACAAAUUAAUAUCUUUGUUUCAGGAUCUUUUGCUUUUUAGUUAUCCAGAGCAAAUGGAUGUUGAUCUUUACACUCUGUGGGCUGAGGAGACCCUAGUUGAGGACAACUUAGUUCUGGACAUACUAUUCCUUGCGUAUUAUGACUCAUUUUGUAAUUGUAGUGGUGAAAGGUGGAAGAAGUUAUGUACUAUCUACAAGGGAGUCAUUUCUGGUCAAUAUAACUUCAGAAAGCUUGCAAUAACGUCAGAAGCCUGGCAACUGUCUUAUCAUGUGAAAGUUCAACUGCUACUUAUCCUGAUAGAAACUCUGGACUUGGAAAAUCUUCUUCAGAUGGUUCAUGAUGAAACACCUUACAGGAAAGGUGCAUCUACUUUUUCAUUGACUGAUGUCCAAGAGAUGGAUGCUUUAGUUUCUACUUUCAAUGCUUUUGAAAUGAAAGAAGCUGGUCCCUUAUUUCUAGCAUGGGCAGCAUUUCUUUAUCUGCUAUUGACACUUCCAGGAAAAGAUGAAAGCAAUGGCCUAACGGAGAUUGAUCAUGUUGGUUAUGUUCGACAGGCAUUUGAGGCUGCAUCCUUUAGUUACUGUCUUGAAAUUCUUGAGUGCGACAUACUGAGGGAGUAUGAUGGUCCUAUGUCUGGCUAUCGCAGUGUAUUGAGAACAUUAUUAUCUGCUUUUAUUGCAUCUUAUGAGGUCAACAUUCGGGAGCAGGCAGAGGAUAGCAACCCCAUUUUGAUACUGGAUAUUCUUUGCAAGAUCUACAGAGGAGAGGAAUCACUUUGUAUUCAGUUUUGGGACAAGGAAAGUUUUAUUGAUGGUCCAAUUCGUUGUCUUCUUUGCAACCUUGGUGGUGAGUUCCCUUUCCAGAGAGUGGAACUUGUUCAACUCUUGUCUUCCCUUUGUGAGGGGACAUGGCCUGCAGAAUGCGUGUAUAAUUUCAUAGAUAGGUCCAUUGGUGUAUCAUCCUUGUUUGAGAUUAGUAAUGAGUCAGUGGCAGACAUCUCUCAUAUAGUUGAGGCACAGCAACCAGUGCAAGUUCCUGGAAUUGAAGGUUUUUUUAUUCCCAUGGGAACUCGUGGACAUGUCUUGAAAGCUUUUGGACGGAACACUGCCCUUGUACGAUGGGAGUAUGCAACAUCAGGAGUGUUUCUUUUACUCCUACGUUUAACACAAGAGGUACAUCUGAAUGGCAAGGAGGAGGUUCUUUUGACUCUUGACCUGCUCAGUAGAUUGGUUUCCUUUAACACAGCUGUCUGUUUUGAGUUGAUGAGUCUCAGCUGCUCUGCACAUUUUCACACGGUUGGAUUGAUUGAUGAGCAGAAAAAGAAUGUCUGGGUCAUUGAGAUCAUUUGCAAUCUCGUCAAAAACCCAUCUCUGAAUUCCUAUGGUGCUGCACUGAUGUCAAAGGGCAUCAAGAUUUUGGGAAAGAUGUUAAUUUGUUCUCCUUCUAGUGUUGCAGCAAUUGCUCUAAAUGCAAAUAUAUUUGAUAUGGCUUUGCAGACAACUGUUUUCAGUGGAGGAAAUAAUGCCUCGUCGAGUGGUUCAUGGAUGCUCUCUGGCAAACUGGCUAAGCUGCUUUUAAUUGACUGUGAGCAGAACAGUAAUGACUGCCCCUUGGCAAUAUCAGUUCUGGACUUUACCAUACAGCUUGUAGAAACCGGGGUGGAGAAUGAUUGUCUCCUUGCAUUGGUUAUUUUCUCUUUGCAGUAUGUUUUGGUCAAUCAUGAAUCCUGGAAAUACAAGAUGAAGCAUGUUCGAUGGAAAGUGACAUUGAAGGUGCUUGAACUGAUGAAAAAAUGCAACAUAUUGAUGGCUUACCAUGGAAAAGUGGGUGAGGUAAUUCACGAUGUGUUAUUCUCUGAUUCAUCCAUUCACAAGACGCUGUUCCAAAUUGCUUGCACUACAGUGAAUGCCUUGGAGAAAUUGCAUCUUAGCCGCCUCUUUGAUCCAGUGGAGAUUGAAGGGUUACAAUUUGCAAUAAGUUCUGUAUUAGAUGUUCUUCAUGUUAUGCUGACAAAACUUUCUGAGGAAGCAGCAUCCAGCUAUUCCGUUUUUCACCAAGCAGUGUUAUCAUGUACAAUCAAUUCUGUCCCCGUUGUUGCUGCUGUUAUAUCCUUGAUUUCAUACUUUCGAGAUCCUGCCAUCCAAAUUGGUGCUGCUAGGUUUAUUUCAUUCUUAUUUUCUAUAGCAGAUUCCAUUCAGCCAUUUUCAUAUGGAACCACAUUCUUUGCCCCGGAAUCUAAUCAGAUCAUGGAUUUGAGACACUCUGUGAGCUACAUAUUGUCGGAGCAAUCAUCAUCUAAUGAAGAUCUCUUUAUUGCAACAGUUAAUCUGUUGACUUCUGCAGCAUAUCACCAGCCUGCAUUUCUUAUUGCUAUAUUUACUCCAGAGGAGAAGAACAAUGAUCAGUCAAUUGUUGUUGGCGAUGUGAAGCAGCAAAAAAGUGAAAAUGUUCUGCCCAAAGGUUCAAAGAAAUCAUGCCAGAUAGAUGAACUUACGAAUUAUAUUGCAAGGGCAGAUGAUCUGAUUAAGAGCCGCCCACACAUACUGCUGAGUGUACUUAACUUCAUGAUUGCCUUGUGGCAAGGGGCUCCUCAGUACUUAAAUAUCCUGGAGUCUCUGAGAAGCUCUGAGAAGUUCUGGAAGUACUUGUCUGAUGCUAUCUUAAAAGUUGCUGGCAGCACAGCUCUACUUGUUAAUCUGACAGAGAAGGAUGCUCGAAAUGUAGCGAACAGUUACCUUUGUCAAUCUGCAAUACUUGGUAUCAUGUCAUAUGAGCUGUUCUUGCAGAAAAAGUUAUUGCAUGCAGAAUCACUGGUGAAGGAUGCAGCUGGAUCUCAGGGCAAGGAACAAGGUGGUGCAGAAACCGAAAAAUAUAAGGCACCUGUUUUUUGUGAUGUUAGGGAAAUUUGGUCUUCCUGGUGCAAAGAUUCUGUUUUGGAGAAACUAAUGAAGUCAUAUACUUCUGGGUAUAAUUAUGAUAUAUAUGAUAGUGCAAAAGUUGCUAUCGGUUUAUUUUCUGUCCAUGUGAUGGAAAAGUUAGUAGCUGGUGAUUCUGGAAGUUUAUCAGUGUCAUUGCAGCAGAAGUUUCAUGCAACGUUAACAAAGUUGAGCAUGCAUCCUGCUUUUUCUGAAUUACUCUGCCAGUAUUCACAACGUGGUUACAGGUUAAGCGUUGAAGGGAAGAAAUUGAAGAAGUUGAUACUCAGUGAUCUCUACUAUCAGUUGCAAGGAGAACUUGAAGGCAGAAAAGUUGGUACGGGACCAUUCAAAGAAUUGUCUCAGUAUCUGGUUGAAUCAAAUAUUUUUGAAACCUAUCAACAUCAUUUUAAUGACGACCUUUGUGCAACUACCAAGAAUUUAUACUUGUUCGACCUUGUACGCUUGCGAGCUGAUAUAGGUUUAGAUGUGUGGUAUUGUUCUGAAUGGAAGGCAUCUAAGGAGAUUGCAGAAACCAUGUUGCACUGGCUGCAGGAUGCAAACUCGUUUAUGUUGGCUUCAAGCUCAAAGCUUUCUGCAUUGAAAGCAUUGAUCUCUGUCUUGACUGUCUACCAUGAUGAUGCACUAGGGAGAAAAUCUACGAGAGAGGAGAUCCCAGAUCAAAUCAUUUUCACAUGCAUAGAUCAUAUAUGCCAAUCUUUUCACGCUACAAUUGAAAAAUUAGCACCUGUUCUUGAUGUGUCCGAAGAUAUACUCAAUUUUCUUGCAUCCCAAGCAGAACUGCUUCUCCAGUUUACCAGAACUGUCUGCAAAAGUCUCUCCUUUGAUAUUUCCCUACUCGUUCUGAAAUGUUCUGGUUCAGGUCUUAAACUGUUGAGUGAACUUAAGCUGUUGUCUUCUAGGGCCAGCGUGAUAAUGAAGCUAUUACUCACAUUGCUGCUUUUAGUAUUAGAUUCCAACUGCCUCAGUUCUGAUUUGGAUGGGACAAUAGACAAGAAGUCUGGUGAGGGCUUUUCUAAAAUUUCAAAUGCAAUCCUUGGCCUACUUCCCAUUCUAUGCAAAUGUGUUGCUGCUCCUGAACAUUGUCUACUGUCUCUGUCAGUUAUGGACUUGAUAUUAAGAAAUUUCUUGAUGCCUGCGACUUGGUUACCUGUCAUACGGAAUCAUCUCCAGCUUAAACUUCUUUUGCUAAAACUUCAAGACAAAACGUCCUCUUCCAUUCCAAUAAUAUUGAAGUUUCUUUUGACACUUGCACGGGUAAAGGGAGGUGCUGAGAUGCUUUAUGGUUCUGGUUUCUUGUCGUCUCUGAGAGUGUUGUUUGCUGAAUGUGAUGAGGUGUUCUCAAGAAUUCAUAGUGAAAAUGUGGGUAGCUUACAUGGAAGGUUUGAAAUGCCUGGAGACAUUUGGGGACUCGGAUUAGCUGUGGUCACAGCUAUGGUUCAAUCCUUGGAAGACAGUUCUUCUUGCACAGCUCUUGUGGAAAGUGUGAUACCUUACUUUUUCCAGGAGAAUGCUUAUCUGAUUUUUAGAUCUCUAAAUGCUCCAGACCUCCCAACAGAUCAUCAUGACAAGAAAAGACCUCGGCCACAGAGGUCGUGGAUUUCUCUUGCUAAUCUUAAGGAGACAGAACAUACUUUGAUGCUCAUGUGUGAACUAGCAAAACAUUGGAAUUCAUGGGCGAAGGCAAUCAAUGAAGUGGAUAGACAGCUUAGAGAGACAUGUAUCCAUCUUUUAGCCUUUAUUAGCAGGGGCACUCAACGGCUUGGUGAUUUGUCUGACAGGAGUGCCUCACUUUUAUGUCAGCCUUCUCUUAAAGAGGAUUUUGACAGUUUCUUAAAGCCUUCUUUUAUCAACAGUAAGAAUGGAUGGUUUGCCCUCUCACCGCUUUGCUGCGUGUCAAAACUGAAGACCAAUUCUGUCUCGACUGCUUUGACCAUCUAUGGUGAAGCAACUAAAAGUACAGAUUUGUUUCCAAAAACAUGCUUUUCUGAUACUUUUGCUGUGCAGAUAUAUAGAAUUGCAUGUCUCCUUUUAAAGUUUCUCAGUUUACAAGCUGAGGGAGCUGUCAAAAGGGCUGAAGAGGUUGGCUUCGUUGAUCUUGCGCAUUUUCCCGAGCUUCCAAUGCCAGAAAUCUUGCAUGGAUUGCAGGAUCAAGCCAUUGAGAUUGUUACAGAGUUAUGUGAGGCCAACAAACCCAGGGUUUCUCCCCAAAUUCAGAAUCUCUGUUAUUUAUUGUUGCAAAUAAUUGAAAUGGCCUUGCAGUUGGAGCUUUGUGUCCUGCAGAUCUGUGGCAUAAGGCCAGUAUUAGGGCGCGUGGAUGAUUUUUCAAAGGAAAUUAAAACUCUAUUUGGUGCAAUGGAGGGGCAUGCGUUUCUGAAGGCUUCUAAGAAGUCCUUAAAACAAAUGGUAUUUUUGGUCUAUCCUGGAAUCCUGCAAUCCGAGCGUUUAUGACAUCCGCUGUAGACGACGAAAGUGAGAAUAAAAUGUAUAUAAUUAUUUAAUGGCGUGUUGCCAGUUAGAAUGAGACCUUUCUCACUCGGUUUGAGGCUAGCCGUGGUUGUUCCUGUUGUUUAUAUAUAAUUUUGCUUUUUUCCGCUCCUUUCUUUUUCUGAUUCUUCCCAUUCGGCGUAGAUUUUUUUAUCUGAGAAAAGGAUGGUCAUCGCUCAUCAGUGAAUGGUGGGGUCUAAUUCUGUAAGUAGUGCGUUGCAUGGUUGUCAGAAAAGAAGAUUUCUUUUCUUU